UAGAUAUACUCCUAAGUAUUUUAUUCUUUCUGUGCAACUUUCUCUUAAGUUUGAAAUUUUUGAGAUGAAAACAAUGGAGGGAAAUCCUUUCUGGGUGAAGAGCAGUAGUGGACCAUAGUGGUGACCCGGUCCAGUCAGGACCCUUUGUUUUAUGAGGCUAAAGUGGGUUGCCCUGACUUACCAGUGACACAGCGGACAACUGGACAAAAAUGAGUCUGAACCCACGUGUCCUCAAAGCACUGUGCUCUUUGUCUGACUGUAAUUGCCUUCUUCUACAGAAAUCCACGGUGGCAUCUAGGUGUCUUAGUGAUUGUCCCUUAUUUGUGGAUUUUGCAGGUCUGGAGGCGACUGGUGGAAAUAAACUUCCCCACGGAGUAUUACUGGAAGGCAUCCUUGCUGGGGGACAUGGCAGGGAGGCUCAAACAGGAGAGGCCUCUCUUCCAGAUUUCUGCCUUCUGCAACUCUAACUGGGUUGCUGCAGGUGCAGAAGACAGUGUGACGAAAUGCUUUGAGACGUGUGCCAUUGAAGCCGUGGGCUCCGUCUGCCAGUCUCAAACCAGUAUUCUUGGGAAAAUCUCUUAUAAUGACUUGCAAAAAUGUGGCAACCUUGUGUCUGCUGUGAUCACCAAGUCCUGGCCAACAAGUAGAGGGGAGUUUGUAGACGACUUGGGUGGGGUUUUGAAUCACCUGCUCACAUGGCCAGACAUCAAGCACCUCUUCAAGUUAUAUGGAACCAACGAGGAAAUAUUAGCAAAUAUCACCAAGGAAGGCAAGAAGUUGAUGGCCACUGCGAACUCUGUGUUGACAAAAAUUACAAAUGACCUCAUCAAUGGAACAAUUUUAGUUGGGCACCUGGAGCUGAUCCUAGAACACAUUAAUCGGUUCCUCGACAUCUGGCAGUUACAGAGUAAAAGUUCUUUAAUCCAAAACAGAGAAGAAACUAAGAAGGAAGUGCUGAGUUGGAGGAAGGAUGAACUAUUAACUCUAAAGAAAGAGAAGACAGAUGUUGACUCUCUCCUGAAGUUGUGUGGCAGGGUAAAAGACGUGAUAAAAGGUGGUAUUCUUAAAGCAUUAAAAUAAACAGAAUUGAAAGGUCCUCAGGGGAGAAGGGUCAAAGGAGAAUAUGAUUAAAAACACGUCAGAGUAGCAGCCCUUCAUCUUGGAGGGGGGAGGCUUUUUCUAAUGUGUUAAUUUUUAAUGAAGUUAAAAUUUUUUUGGUAAUUACUGACAUAGCA